AUGACAGGCCCAUUUGGAGCCAGUCUAGCUGCAGAAGCACCAGCACCAGCACCAGAUGCAGCAGCAGCAGUGCCAGCUUCUUCACCAUCACAAAACUAUCUCCACGGCCAACACUAUAUCACCCGGCCGCUUUCUUCCUCUCGCCAAUCUCCCACCACCCCGACGGCCUCCGCUUUUUCGGACCCAGGAUUUCCUGAUCCUGAACAGCAACAACAAAAUGCCGCCGACCCGCCUCUCGAUCUUUUGACAUUUUCUGACGUCCCGACCAAUUUGGUACAGCUAGGACCUCUCCCUUCCGACAUCCAUAACAACAUUCAUAAUAAUAAUAAUUCUCCCACAAUUAAGGCCAAGCAUCUUCAAGCACGUAGACCUUCUCCUGGCUUGGCAGCUCGUCUCAAAGCUUUAGGUUUCGGUGGCCAAAGACAGGCUUCGUCUUUGCCCUCAUCGCCAUCCCAUGAAAACGUCGGCCGCUUACCAGAAGAUCAGCUGCGGCUACUCGACCAAAAGCAUCAAAACAAUUCUACCGAGCUUGUCGUCGAGCGACGCGGUCGUCCUUGGAAAGGUGCUGGUGCACCUCUCCAAUUGUUAAGGUCCAGAUCUAGUCGCGACUCAUUUCGACGGAAGAGUGCUAUCGAGGAAGAAAGACCUACCUCAUUCGUUCAGGUUGAAUCCUCUUCCAAGCCCGAAUUACUACCAGAGAUAAUAGAGGCGCCGCCAUUGGAAAUGGACACCAACAAAUACCGAUUGCCCGACCACACGAAUGGAAAUGGCACUAAAGCACAGCUCGAUACCCGGAGAGAGCAUAUCAAACGAGACUCGCGCGUUCCGAAAUUAGAGAUCGUCGACGACUCCGAAACGCCACCUCCUCUGCCUCCUAAAGAUACGCCUCCUGGGAGUGCAACUCCUGCCGAUUUUACCUCCGACUUACCAUCCUACUUCAACCCCCUCGGUCUUCAGCGUGCAGGGUCCAUAUAUACGAUAUCCCGCGCGUCGUUUGCUAACCAGCUUGCCCAGCUUACUGCGCUUCAGCUGCCUGAUGCCGAGUUAUUGUCGAGUAAGGUCGCCGCUAUUCCCACGGCCCAAGCGGCGGCGAAGGCCUUACUGGGAGCUGCUGAACAAAUACGAAGUUGGAUCUCGAAAGCCUCUGAAGUUAUCGGAGGCCUAGACAGCGAUGAUGAUGUCGAGUGGGCCGCGGCCGGAGGCAGAGAAGGGUAUGAAGAAGUAGAAAACGCCAUCACAAGAUUUGAAGGGCUUAUCAAUGUCUACGUGGGCGCUAUUGAAGAGCUGCAAAACAGGCCAGAUAUUGCCAGCGUAUCCAGCGAGGACCUUCAAAAAGCGGUCACCCAGAUGGAAGCUAUUAUGAAUGCGUGGGCUAAGAUUCGGCACACUCUGAAUAAUAUUAAAGGCCAGGUCGAAACGGCUAUGGAGUGGGAGGAGCUAUGGAAUAUGGUUCUAGGCGAUAUUCAGAACGAAAUGGAUGAGCUAAGCCGAUUAAUAUUCGAAAUGGAGGAACGGCGUCACAAAUCCAUGAUGGCUGUUUCGAAUGGGGAUGGGAUGGAUAUAGGCGACCUAGAGACCAUCGUGGAGGAGACGCCACCCGCUGUCAUGCGUAAUAACCGAUUUAGUGUACCAUCAUUUCCGCUUAGUCCAAGCUCUCCAGGAACUCCCGCACUCACCCAAGAUGAUUCGAGCCUACUUGCAUUGUUCGCGCGGAUGCAGCCCCUGAGAGCAUCGUUGGACUUUUUACCCAUGCGACUCUCGGUAUUUGAAGCGAGAGCUUCUGGGGCUUUCCCGACAGCCUGCGAAGAACUAGAAAUGAGGAGAACAGGCUUGGAGGCUAGCUACAAGAAACUUGAGAAGGACGCCGAAUCCCUUAGAAAGGAGCUUGGCGAGGACAAGUGGGUUCUCGUUUUCCGCGGUGCUGGUAGGCAAGCUCAGAAGAUGAUCGAGUCUGUAGACCGGAGUAUGGCAAAGGUGUACGAGGCAGUGGACCAAGGUUUACAGCACUCCAGUCCCGCGGCGAUGAGCAAGAAGAUUGAGAGCUACGAGGCAAAGAGAGUACAUUACGGGCCAGCAAUCGAACGUGUGCUAUCUAUCAUCGACAAGGGUGUUAAUGAUAGACUUACUGUAAACGGCGAAAUUCUUCGGCUACACAACGAGUUAGAAUCUAAGUGGGAGGAAGCAAGAGAAUCUAUGAGAAGGCUAAGCGGCAUCAUAGAGGAGAUUCAGUCUAAAAAGCAUAGCCAACAGCUACGAGACUCGAUCUCCAGUAUGCUCUCGAAUGAUAGAUCAACUAUUGCUAGCGGCAAUGAGACUCCGGGAAGUUCGCCGCCAUCAUCAGUCGUCAUGUCUAGCAUAGGUCUAGAGUCAAACAGUUCCUUAACACAGCAUAAGAGGCGUACUACUACCAGCGGCGGAAGUCAUCUGCCUCAGCCUGCUUCGGCUCGCAGAAGUAGUUCGAGUUUAGCUCCCCCUUCACGGCGGCCCCCUGGAUCUCGACUCUCUACAUUCCAACCGAGUACUACUAGCCUGACCACGCCGCCUCGAAGUGGUAGUGUCACACCUCUCACCCGUCUCCCAAGAUCCAAUUCCAAUGCCGCUGAUAGCCGCCCGCGAUGGAAUGCAUCCACAAAUACCAAUGAUUCUGACGUAGGACAUAACUUCAAACCGCUCACCCUUACUACCCCUAGUCCAUAUGCUAAAGAAACAUCUUCCGGGCGCUCUGUAUCCUCGCUUGGACAGUCUCCUGGGGGCUCGAAGCUUCCUCUCCGCAGUCCAUUAGCAAUGGCAACUUCAUCCUCACCAGCUCCUGAGGACACGCCUCCUAGGAAGAGUACAUCUCGGCUCUCCUUCCGUGACCGGAUUAAUGCUGCUGCUUCUGCGGGACAAUCUGUCCCGCCGUCUGCGGCUAAGGCUCGGUUCGCAGCACAAGGGUCUUCUACCUUUGAUAGUCGAAGAGCUUCACUCCAGCCACCAAGGCUAGAUUUUGGUCUGAGCGAUGCUAGGCGAUCGGCUAGUUCCUUGUCGAUGAGCAACCGUCGCACUAGUUUACUCCCUCAACCUAAGUCGAAGAUGGACGAUUCAACUGGCCGCCACAGCCCACAGGCUACCGCUGCGGCACGUGCUGCUAUGCACAGGGGUAGCACCAUAAUAGAAUCGAAGUCAAAAGAUAACAAACCCCGUUGGCACUUUUAA